CCGGCGGCGGGGCGCUCGCUCGCUCUCGCGCGCGUGUGUCUGUGUGUUGCGGGGGGGGGUGUCCCCUUGGAUCGGAUCGCCGGCUUCGGGGAGGGGACUCUUGUCGCCCUCGCCGUCUCUUACUCCUGACGACCCCGCUGCCCUGCCACGUCCAUGCCAAGGGCUCCCUGUCCCAUGCUGCCAUGGCUGACAGAACCUCGCCGCCCUUGUCUGCAGCAGCGGCGGCACAGGAACCAGGAAUCACUGAGCAGCCGGGGGCCCGGAGUCCACCUCCGUCCCCUCCGGGCCUGGAACAGCCCCUGGAUGGAGCUGAUCCUGACGUCCCCCACCCGGACCUGGCACCCGUUGCCUUCUUCUGCCUGCGCCAGACCACCAGCCCCCGGAAUUGGUGCAUCAAGAUGGUGUGUAACCCGUGGUUUGAAUGUGUGAGCAUGCUGGUCAUACUGCUGAACUGCGUGACCCUGGGCAUGUACCAGCCGUGCGACGACAUGGACUGCCUGUCAGAUCGCUGCAAGAUCCUGCAGGUCUUUGAUGACUUCAUCUUCAUCUUCUUUGCCAUGGAGAUGGUGCUCAAGAUGGUGGCCCUGGGCAUUUUUGGCAAGAAGUGCUACCUCGGGGACACAUGGAACCGCCUGGAUUUCUUCAUCGUCAUGGCAGGGAUGGUCGAGUACUCACUGGACCUUCAGAACAUCAAUCUGUCCGCCAUCCGCACUGUGCGUGUCCUGAGGCCCCUCAAAGCCAUCAACCGUGUGCCCAGCAUGCGGAUCCUGGUCAACUUGCUCCUGGACACCCUGCCCAUGCUGGGGAACGUCCUCCUGCUCUGUUUCUUCGUCUUCUUCAUCUUUGGCAUCAUCGGCGUGCAGCUGUGGGCUGGCCUGCUGCGGAACCGCUGCUUCCUGGAGGAGAACUUCACCAUACAGGGGGACGUGGCCCUGCCGCCCUACUACCAGCCGGAAGAGGAUGAUGAGAUGCCCUUCAUCUGCUCCCUGUCGGGAGACAAUGGCAUCAUGGGCUGCCACGAGAUCCCCCCUCUCAAGGAGCAGGGCCGAGAGUGCUGCCUGAGCAAGGAUGAUGUCUACGACUUUGGGGCAGGGCGCCAGGACCUUAAUGCCAGCGGCCUCUGUGUCAACUGGAACCGCUACUACAACGUGUGCCGCACGGGCAGCGCCAACCCCCACAAGGGCGCCAUCAACUUCGACAACAUCGGUUAUGCUUGGAUUGUCAUCUUCCAGGUGAUCACUCUGGAAGGCUGGGUGGAGAUCAUGUACUACGUGAUGGAUGCUCACUCUUUCUACAACUUCAUCUACUUCAUCCUGCUGAUCAUAGUGGGCUCCUUCUUCAUGAUCAACCUGUGCCUCGUUGUCAUAGCGACCCAGUUCUCGGAGACCAAGCAGCGGGAGCACCGCCUGAUGUUGGAACAGCGCCAGCGCUACCUGUCCUCCAGCACGGUGGCCAGCUACGCCGAACCCGGCGACUGCUACGAGGAGAUCUUCCAAUACGUCUGUCACAUCCUACGCAAGGCCAAGCGCCGUGCCCUGGGUCUCUACCAGGUUGUGCAGAGCCGGCGCCAUGCCCUGGGCCCAGGGGCACCAGCCCCUGCCAAGCCCGGGCUCCACGCCAAGGAGCCCAGCCACUGCAAGCUCUGCGCGCGACACGCUCCCCUGGACCCCACGCCCCACACGCUGGUGCAGCCCAUCUCUGCCAUGCUGGCUUCUGACACAGACAGCUGCCCACGCUGCCAGCAUGAGGUGGGCCGGCGGCCUUCAGGUCAGGGCAGCACUGACUCGGGCCAGGAGAGCUCGAGCUCUGGUGGCUCCAGAGAGGCCGAGGCGGAUGGAGAUGGUCCCCAGAGCGGCGAGGAUGGGGCGUCGUCAGACCUGGGGAAAGAGGACGAGGAGGAGCAAGCAGACGGACCGGCCCGGCUCUGUGGGGAUGUGUGGCGGGAGACGCGAGCCAAGCUGCGGGGCAUCGUGGACAGCAAAUACUUCAACAGGGGCAUCAUGGUGGCCAUCCUAGUCAACACCGUCAGCAUGGGCAUCGAGCACCAUGAACAGCCUGAGGAGCUGACCAACAUCCUGGAGAUCUGCAACGUGGUCUUCACCAGCAUGUUUGCCCUGGAGAUGAUCCUGAAGUUAGCCGCCUUCGGGCUCUUUGAUUACCUGCGAAACCCCUACAACAUCUUUGACAGCAUCAUCGUCAUCAUCAGCAUCUGGGAGAUCGUGGGCCAGGCGGAUGGCGGCCUGUCUGUGCUGCGCACCUUCCGACUGCUGCGGGUGCUCAAGCUGGUGCGCUUCAUGCCCGCGCUGCGGCGCCAGCUCGUGGUGCUCAUGAAGACCAUGGACAACGUGGCCACCUUCUGCAUGCUGCUCAUGCUCUUCAUCUUCAUCUUCAGCAUCCUCGGGAUGCACAUCUUCGGCUGCAAGUUCAGCCUCCGAACGGACACUGGAGACACAGUUCCUGACAGGAAAAACUUUGACUCCCUGCUGUGGGCCAUCGUCACGGUGUUCCAGAUCCUCACUCAGGAGGACUGGAACGUCGUCCUCUACAACGGCAUGGCCUCCACCUCUCCCUGGGCCUCCCUCUACUUUGUGGCUCUGAUGACCUUCGGCAACUACGUGCUCUUCAACCUGCUGGUGGCUAUCCUGGUGGAGGGCUUCCAGGCAGAGGGUGACGCCAAUCGCUCCUACUCAGACGAGGACCAGAGCUCAUCCAACAUGGAGGAGUUUGACAAGCUCCCAGAGGGCCUGGACAAUAGCGGAGAUCUCAAGCUCUUUCCAAUCUCUAUGACCCCCAAUGGGCACUUGGAUCCUAACCUCCCCCUGGGUGGGCAUCUGGGUCCCACCGGUGCUGUGGGCUCUGCCCCCCGCCUCUCACUGCAGCCGGACCCCAUGCUGGUGGCCCUGGACUCUCGCAAGAGCAGCGUCAUGUCCCUGGGCCGGAUGAGCUACGAUCAGCGCUCCCUGUCCAGUUCCCGGAGCUCCUACUGCGGACCCUGGGGCCGCCGCGGGGCCUGGGCCAGCCGCCGCUCCAGCUGGAGCAGCCUGAAGCAGAAGCCGCCCUCUGCGGAGCACGAGUCCCUGCUGUCGGGGGAGCGCGGCGGCGGCGGCGGCGGCGGCGUCCGGGCCUGCGAGGGCACCUGCGACGAGGGGCCGCCGCGCUCUGCCCCCCUGCACGCCCUGCGCACCCACCACGCGCACCACGGGGCCCACCUGGCGCACCGGCAGCGCCACCACCGCCGGACGCUGUCCCUGGACACCAGGGACUCGGUGGACUUGGCCGAGUUGGUGCCGGUCAUGGGCGCCUAUCCCCGGACCCCUUGGAGGGCUGGGGGUCUGGUCCCCGGGCACGAGGACUGCAAUGGCAGGAUGCCCAACAUCGCCAAGGACGUCUUCACCAAGAUGGAUGACCGCCGGGACCGUGGGGAGGACGAGGAGGAGAUCGACUAUACUCUGUGUUUCCGAGUGCGCAAGAUGAUCGACGUCUACAAGCCUGACUGGUGCGAGGUCCGGGAGGAUUGGUCGGUGUACCUCUUCUCUCCGCAGAACAGGUUCCGGGUCAUGUGUCAGACCAUCAUUGCUCACAAGCUCUUCGACUACGUAGUCCUGGCCUUCAUCUUCCUCAACUGCAUCACGAUUGCCUUGGAGCGGCCUCAGAUCGAGGCCGGUAGCACCGAACGCAUCUUCCUCACCGUGUCCAACUACAUCUUCACGGCCAUCUUUGUGGGCGAGAUGACACUGAAGGUGGUCUCUCUGGGCCUGUACUUCGGGGAGCAGGCUUAUCUGCGGAGCAGCUGGAACGUGCUGGACGGCUUCCUCGUCUUCGUGUCCAUCAUUGACAUCGUGGUAUCCGUGGCCUCGGCUGGGGGAGCCAAGAUCCUGGGGGUCCUCCGGGUCCUGCGUCUCCUGCGUACCUUACGCCCACUGCGGGUUAUCAGCAGGGCCCCUGGCCUGAAGCUGGUGGUGGAGACACUCAUCUCCUCCCUGAAACCCAUCGGCAACAUCGUUCUCAUCUGCUGUGCUUUCUUCAUCAUCUUUGGCAUCCUGGGGGUGCAGCUCUUCAAGGGCAAGUUCUACCACUGCCUGGGUGUGGACACCCGCAACAUCACCAACCGGUCUGACUGUGUGGCCGCCAACUACCGCUGGGUCCAUCACAAGUACAACUUUGACAACCUGGGCCAGGCUCUGAUGUCCCUCUUCGUUCUGGCCUCCAAGGACGGCUGGGUGAACAUCAUGUACAAUGGACUGGAUGCUGUUGCUGUGGACCAGCAGCCUGUGACCAACCACAACCCCUGGAUGCUGCUCUACUUCAUCUCCUUCCUGCUCAUCGUCAGCUUCUUCGUGCUCAACAUGUUCGUGGGCGUGGUGGUGGAGAACUUCCACAAGUGCCGGCAGCACCAGGAGGCCGAGGAGGCGCGGCGGCGCGAGGAGAAGCGGCUGCGGCGCCUGGAGAAGAAGCGCCGGAAGGCCCAGAGGCUGCCCUAUUAUGCCACCUAUUGUCACGCCCGGCUGGUCAUCCACUCCAUGUGCACCAGCCACUACCUGGACAUCUUCAUCACCUUCAUCAUCUGCCUCAACGUGGUCACCAUGUCCCUGGAGCACUACAACCAGCCUACGUCCCUGGAGACAGCCCUCAAGUACUGCAACUACUUGUUCACCACCGUCUUUGUGCUGGAGGCUGUGAUGAAGUUGGUGGCAUUUGGCCUGAGGCGUUUCUUCAAGGACCGGUGGAACCAGCUGGACUUGGCCAUUGUGCUGCUGUCAGUCAUGGGCAUCACACUGGAGGAGAUUGAGAUCAACGCGGCCCUGCCCAUCAACCCCACCAUCAUCCGCAUCAUGAGAGUGCUGCGAAUUGCCCGGGUGCUGAAACUGCUGAAGAUGGCCACAGGAAUGCGGGCCCUGCUGGACACAGUAGUUCAGGCUCUGCCCCAGGUGGGCAACCUGGGCCUCCUCUUCAUGCUUCUCUUCUUUAUCUACGCUGCUCUGGGCGUGGAGCUCUUCGGGAAGCUGGUGUGCAACGAUGAGAACCCGUGUGAAGGCAUGAGCCGCCAUGCCACCUUUGAGAACUUCGGCAUGGCCUUCCUCACGCUCUUCCAGGUCUCCACGGGCGACAACUGGAAUGGGAUCAUGAAGGACACGCUGCGGGACUGCACCCACGACGAGCGCAGCUGCCUGAGCAGUCUGCAGUUCGUGUCGCCGCUCUACUUCGUGAGCUUCGUGCUCACCGCUCAGUUCGUGCUCAUCAACGUGGUGGUGGCCGUGCUCAUGAAGCACCUGGACGACAGCAACAAAGAGGCGCAGGAGGACGCCGAGAUGGACGCCGAGAUCGAGCUGGAGAUGGCCCACGGCCUGGGCCCCGGGCCCGGCCCUGUCCCUGCCCCUGUCCCGCGGCGGCCUACUGGCUCCCCGGGGGUCCCAGGCCACGGGCCGGGGGGGUCAGGCGGUGGGGGCGACGCCGAAGGCCGCCUCUGCCAGCACGGCUACUCUCCAGCCCAGGAGACCCUGUGGCUGGACAGCGUCUCUUUAAUCAUCAAGGACUCGUUGGAGGGGGAGCUGACCAUCAUUGAUAAUCUGUCUGGCUCCAUCUUCCACCACUAUGCCUCGCCUGCUGGUUGUGACAAGUGUCACCAUGACAAACAAGAGGUGCAGCUGGCUGAAACUGAGGCCUUCUCCCUGAACUCAGACAAGUCCUCGUCCAUCCUGCUGGGGGAUGACCUGAGUCUUGAGGACCCUACAGCCUGCUCGCCUGGCCCCCAAGACAGCAAGGGUGAACCUGAGCCUCCCGAGCCCGUGCAGGUGGGAGACCUGGGCGAUUGCUUCUUCCCUUUUGCCAGUGCGGCCAUCUCGGCGGGCCCGGGGAGCCUGCUGCACGAGAUGGAGGCCCUCCCCCGUAACCCUGUCCGGUCCUGGCUGAAACAUGAGAGCAGCCAAGCUCCCCCAAGUCCCUUCUCCCCGGAUGCCUCUAGCCCUCUUCUGCCCAUGCCUACUGAGUUCUUCCACCCUGCUGUGUCUGCCAGCCAAAAGGGGCAGGAGCCGGACGUGAAGGCGGGUACCCUCCCUAAGAUCGCGCUGCAGGGCUCCUGGGCAUCCCUGCGAUCACCAAGUGUCAACUGCGCCCUCCUGCGCCAGGCCACCGUGAGCGACACGUCGCUGGAUGCCAGCCCCAGCAGCUCGGCUGGCAGCCUGCAGACCACACUGGAGGACAGCCUGACCCUGAGUGACAGUCCUCGGCGUGCCCUGGGGCCACCGGUCAUCCCACCGGGGCCUCAUGCUGGCCUGUCACCAGCCACCCGGCGCCGUCUUAGCCUGCGGGGCCGUGGCCUGUUCAGCCUGCGUGGGCUGCGGGCACAUCAGCGCAGCCACAGCAGUGGGGGCUCCACCAGCCCAGGCUGUACCCACCAUGACUCCAUGGACCCCUCAGAUGAGGAGGGCCGCGGCGGCGCGGGCGGCGGCGGCGCGGGCAGCGAGCACUCGGAGACGCUCAGUAGCCUGUCCCUCACCUCGCUCUUUUGCCCGCCGCCACCUGGCUUCACACCAGCCAGGAAGUUCAGUAGCACCAGCAGCCUGGCCACUGGGCCUGGCCGUUCCCGUGCUGCCGCAGACACGGCCCAUGGCCUGGUCCGGAGUCCCUCGUGGGCGGCGGACUGCAGCAAGGACCCACUGGGCCAGACCCAGCUGGCCUCAGGCUUGGGCCCCUCAGCGCCUGAACCCCAACCACCCCCCGGGGAGCUGGAGCCUACCGAUGCUGCAAGCAAGAGGAAGAGAUGAGGGGCCGCAGGGGGCCACGGGGGGGGGGGGACCCUGCCACCCGCCGUCCACCCGCCUGCCCCGUCUUGCCUUCUUUUACCUCAGGAGCCAGGGAGCAGACAGCAAUACUUUGUCCAUACCUGGGAGAGGCACAGGGGCCGGUCAGCAUCAGGCCGCUGAGCAGGAGGAUCUACUUUGGUCGAGGCUCAGAUGUGGCCCCCAGCCGCGGCCAGGACUGGCCCUUCCAGUGCAUAUGCAGAUAUAUGCAGAUAUAUACAUACAUAUAAAUAUUAUAUAUAUAGACAGACAUAUAUAUUUAUUUAUUUUUUUUACUGAGAGCUUAUGACUUCCAGAAAGUGCUAAAAGUUGGGGGUGCAGGCCAGGGCCCAGUCGGGGGUCUUGUCUCGUGUUUGGGAUGGAGGCCUAGGCAGGCAGGUGUUUCUGCUGGGGUGCUGUCACCUCCAGUUCUAGGUGUCUCCCUGGGUUGGGAGCACUUCCAGAGAAAGCUCCGGGUCCAGAAGGUGGGCCUGAGAGCAGAGAGGAAAUUCAGGGUGCACUUCCCCCCCUUUAAAGAAGAGACGCUGCUAAGAUUUCCCCUAGCACCACCCAUGUGUCAGGGUGUCUGUUUUGUUCUUCCGACUAUCUUGUUGUUGUGAGGUCUUUUGUAGACACCCCUGAGCACACAGACUUUCUUAGUUAACCGGCUAGAUGUUCUCCUUAGGAAAACCAGGGGUGAGUAGUCGUAUCUCUUAGGGCAGGCGUGGCCAACAGGGCAGCUCCGAGGAUGGAGAGGGACCUCUGGUGCCUGGUGGAGUCCUGACCUCUGUGCGUACGUUGUGGGUGGUUCUGCCCCAGGAGGGCCGCAAGCAGGAAUAGCUACCACAAGAGAGAAGAUUAGUGAAAGGGUUGGUGGUCCCAGCUGGCCCGCAUAGGUGCCCUUGGGUCUGGGCAGUCAGGUGCAUGGAACUUACUGUCUUUUACCCUUAAUGUGGACGCCUGAGCUGCAGUCACCGCUGGGGAUUGUGGUCACUCAUCCCAAGCAACACUGUCCCUGCCCCAGGGGAGUCUGGAGUACAGCCCGUCUAAUAGACUCCGAUCACAUCGGCAAGCCCUGGAGUCGGUCCUUCCCACCCCAGUCACAGGAUGCUCACAUCUUUCAACUCCCUUUCUGCCCGUCUCUGGGUGUGUCUCAUUGUCCCUUACCUGCAGGUCAUGCCACACUAGUGCUUCCCAAAUGAGUUCAGGAUCAGUGAUUUUAUCUGAAUUUAUUUCAGUAUUUAUUGGGGAAAAAAAAAUACAAGGCAUUGAACCUGUAACUUAACAGGACCAUUUCUUAGGACCAGGCUAAGCUCUGAAGGGUGGCUGGGUUUCGAGAACAAGACUGUGGGUGUGCGGGUACUGGUGGUCUUCAGGUAAGAGCAGGAAUGUGAGAUGCGUGAUCAGUUUCCAGGGACUGCCUUGGGCUUCCAGACCCCGACUUUGUUGGCUUGUAGCCAGGCUGAUGAUAAGUGGGCUGUGUUAACAAUGCUGCUGUCUUCCCGGCUGGCCCAGGGGCCCAGGGGUUCAGUACUGUAGUGAAAUGAGGAAGAAGCAAACAGCAACGGUGACGUUGCACACAGUGUCCUUUCUCUUUAGGGUUUGAGUGGUGGGAAAGGGUUGUCAGGACUACUUUUUACCUGGGGACACUAAUGCCCUGGUGAAAUAAAGUGGCCAUCUGACAUCUUUCAAGGCCCAGGCAACAAAGAGCCCAGGGUGCCUAUGGAAGACCUGUGUGCCUGGGCUGUGAAAGGCUGACUUGGAGGUCCUCGUUGGGAGUGGGCCAGUUUGGCAGUUAGGGCUGGGCCAGCCUGUCCCCCUCCGGCUUCACGGGGAUCACUGGUCAUGCCAUCCAGUCCUUUGGGUCCAGUAUCUGUCAUCUUGUUCAGAGUGGCCCUGUGUGCACACACUGCAGCUGAAAGUCUCCCUGUGUCUUGGCUCUUCGUGGCUGGGCAGGAACAACCUCCGGGCAUCUGUAACCUUUAUUCUGAACCGUGUGAUCCCAGAGCAAGCAGAUGUGUUGGAGGAGGUAUUCUAGGCAGAGGGACAGGCGUGAGCAAAGACCGUGGCCAGGAGGAGAAGAGUGUGCACACAGAAGGAAUAGCUGCACCUAGAGGUAGAGGUCUUACCCAGGGUGGGCUUCCAGAGGGUCCUAAAGGCCCGCCCCAGACAUUUGAUCUUGCUCUUGUGGGUGUCUGGGAGCAGGGACGUUCUGAGUCACUGGCUAGGAUGAGCUCCAAUGGACAAGGAUUGGCCAGAUGGCCUGUCUUUUAACACUGUGGCCUGUGACUGUGGCCUCAGCCCAUGCCUGCCCAUCACCAAAGCACAAACUCCCCCGAUCCACAUGGGCCUGGCUGUGGGGAGGAUGGGGACCCAGGUGCCAUACCCUAAAGCCGCUUGUUUGCCAGGCUACGUGGCGUAGAGGCUGGCACGUACCACAACAUGUGCAGAGAGGGGCCCCGGAGCUAGAUGGGACCCGCCCUCGCCACUUCCUGUCCAGUUCUCCGCCUUCUGCCCCCAGGCAGCCCCUCAGAGGAGGUCAGAGCGGGAGCAGCACCAGCCUGCCUGCCUGUCUCCCCAAAUCCCCCCCCCGCAGGUCACUGUUCCCAGGGCCUCCUCCAGCCCCCUUUGCUGUGCUGUGUAAGGGCUUGGGGGGGGGGGUCUUAGAAGCCGCUGUUUAGCCCGGAUACACAUAUCCCUUUUUUUUUUUGUCUUUGUGCAAUAAUCAGUGUCCCUGGCAGAGCCAGGGUCAAGCUGGGGCCUGGGAGAGGAGGCAGAGGCCACCUUGUCCAGGGAGUCCCUGGCCUGGCUCCGCUGCUGUGACUCUAGCACUCCCGGCCACUCACUGUACAGUUUCUACAGCGUGAAUGAAUUUCCCUCCUAGUUGCUGAACGCGCUGGUCCCUGCUGGCCCACACGGCCCGGGCAUAGAGAAACCAAGGCGCCUCCGCCGCUGUUGUUUUUGAAUAAAACCCCAGAAGCGUA